AAUGAAACUCUUGACGCCAUCAACUUCGAAGCAGGUAGAACCUGCUUUUUUACCCCCUGAUUUUAAUGCUUCGUCGGGAGAAGGUUCCCUUUCCUUAUCGGAAAGCGAUAACGAUAUACCUGAAAAGAAAUGGAAAAUUUCGCCUGAAAAAUGGAUAUGUGCAAAGUCAUCUAAAGUAAAACAUUCAAAUCUAAACAGCAUAAUAACCGAAAAAUUAGAGCUCUUAAUUUUACUACAAAGGAUGUCAAAAGACUCAAUGACAGAAGAAAAUAAUGAUUGUAUAAAAAAUCUAGAAUUAGAGACUAAACAGGUAUCAACGGAUACUAAAUGUGUUUAUUGCGAUGACGAAGAGCACGGAGAGCAUGGUUCUAAAAAAAAUACAAAAUGUAUAAAUUUGUCAGAGGAUUCAACAGAUUCCGGAUAUGCCUGGGUGAUAUUGGUCUCAGCAUUUUUUUUAGAGGUGCUAACAGGUUGUUCUUUAACCUCGUUUGGAAUAAUGAUGGUUGAUAUAAUAGAUUCUACUGAACAAAGAGCUAGUAACAUAGCAUUUAUAGGAGCUUUGUUAUCUUCAUUUUUAGGUCUCAGUGGAGUGCUGCUGGGUCCAAUUGUGCACAGAUUUGGAUGCAGGGUUGUUGUUUUUAGUGGUAGUUUAAUACUAGCUUUAUGUUGCCUGACAACGUUUCUCGUCAGAAAUGUAAUUGUUUAUUAUUUUAGCAUGGGUAUUGUGUCUGGGGUUGGUUAUAGCUGUUACCAACUAGGAGCCCCAGUUGCAGUUUCUCAUUGGUUCCAGAAGAAAAAAGCCUUUUCCUUGAGUGUUAUUAUGACUGGAAUAAGCGUAGGUUCUAUGCUUUGGGGACCUAUUACAAGACUUCUAAUCAAUAAGUAUUCUUGGCGGGGAGCUGUUUUGAUAAUUGGUGGUCUACAACUUCAUGGUUGCUUGAUAGCUGCCAUACUUAAACCGGGUCCCCUAUUGUCAAAAUCCCUUCUUGAAAAGAAAAGGUCUUCUCGUUUCAAUAAAGAAAUCCUAAAAAAUAAAAGAUUCAUUAUUUAUUGCUUUUCAAAUUUUACCCUAUUGUAUGGGCAUGUUGUACCGUUUAUGAUGCUACCAAUUAAAGCUGAAAGCAAUGGUAUUUCUAAAAUGAAUGCUGCAGUUCUAGUUGCAAUUAUGGGCGCAUGUUCAACGACUGUGCGCCCGCUUGUAGGCUAUUUAGGAGAUAAAGCUUGGUUUGACAAGAAUUUUGUUUUCGGUAUUUUUUCAAUUCUAGGAGGAAUUUUAACAUCAGCAUCUUUUUAUAUGAGAACUUAUAAUCUAUUAAUUAUUUAUGCUUGUUUAUUUGGCAUGAUAUCAGCGACUUAUAUACCACUUACACUCUCUGUAGCUGUAGAAAUUGUAAAAAAACCAGAAUUUAUAGCAAACGGUUUGGCAAUAAUAUUAACGGUCCACGGAUUAGCAACGUUGGUGUCAAUAACAGCUUUUGGGACGCUAGACUAUGUUCAACUGAAGAAUAAUUGUGAAAAAGAUACAGUAUUUCAACAUUUUACACAAAGUGUGCAUAUACAAAAUGCUCUUGCUACAACCUACGAAUCAACUGGUGAUAGAUGGCGCACAUUCUCUUAUAGGAAGGCGGCUGCGGCCGUCAAACGCUAUCCAAGACCAAUAACCUCUUUUGAAGAAGCACUUGCUAUACCUGGGGUUGGUGAACGGGUAGCGAAUAAGAUAUGGGAAAUAGUUGAGACAGGCGGUUUAAGGAAGCUUGAGGAACUUUCAAAUCAAGAAGAUAUAAAGGCAAUUUCAACUUUAUCAGGAAUCUGGGGUGUAGGGCAGACAACGGCUAGACAGUGGGUAUCUCAGGGCAUUAAAACUCUUGAAGAUGUUCGAAAUAAAGCCAAAUUGACCAGACCGCAACAGAUAGGCCUUAAACAUUACGACGAUCUCCUAGAAAGAAUGCCUCGAGAAGAAGCUGGUAGAAUUGAUGACUUUGUCAGGGAGAAAUGUCUAGGAAUUGAUGCAGAUUUAGUGAUACUCUGCUGUGGAUCGUACAGAAGAGGUAAAGAGACAUGUGGUGAUGUAGAUUUUUUAAUAACUCAUCCCGACGGAAAGUCUCACCAUGAUCUCCUACCAAAGAUUAUAAAGAGGCUAGGUAGCUUUUUAACAGACCAUCUUGUUUCUCUGCAGCAGAAAGGAGGGCAGAGCAAGUACUUAGGUGUUUGCAAGCUAGAUGAGGAGGGGGCAAAACACAGACGAAUUGAUAUAAUAACCGUGCCCAGAGAUGAAUACGCAUGCGCCAUAAUGUAUUUUACGGGUUCUGCACAUUUCAAUCGUUCUAUGAGGCAUCUAGCGGGCAAAAUGGGUAUGUCUCUGUCCGAACAUUCACUAAAUAAGGGUGUUGUUCGAAAGAGAGGAGAAAAAUUAAAUCCAGGCGUACCUUUGCCUACUCCGACCGAAGAAUCAGUGUUUAAGCAUCUGGGUUUAAAAUAUCUACCACCGAACGAACGAGACCACUGA